AACAAGCAUGGUUAGAGAAGUAUGGGUGUGCGUGAUCGUACAUUUCUUUGGUCACCAUGUCAAUUAACAUCAGUGAGCCAAAGCUUGGAAUUACUUGCUUUGCCGAUCACAGGCUGGGGUGAGAUCCCACCGGCGAGGGCCACCUGCCUUCGAUAUUGACAGCCUUGGACAAAACAGUUCCGUGAGGAAAUAUUGAAACAUUGGGAAAACAAUCUUGGUUGAAUGCAGGAUCGACAAAUGCAUAGCGAGUGACAGCUGUAUAGGUUUUCCCACCAGUUGAAUUGACGACAGAUUUGCAUAGAUACACGUACAGUGACAGCACAGUGCCACUGACAACGCUGACCGGUCUAACGAGUCUCAGGCUCGAGUCGUCGCAGACAUGGGAGACAGUUAGCAAGGCAGGACGCUCGGAACUCGGGGCUUCCACGGAAUGGGAUACCACAGUGUUUAAGUAAACAAGCCAAUGCCAGUUGAAGAGCCAAUUCUCGGAGUAUAGAUUGUACAAAAUGGCCACCGAUAUGGGAUUCAAUGAAACCCUUCAUCAAGAAACCAAACUAGAGGCGUACUCGGUGGUGUUGUCGGUAACAACGCUGUUGCUGGCCGCCAUUGGAGGAGGAGGGGGCAGCCUAACGGUCAUCUGCGCCAUCUUGGCAGGCAAGUCCAUCCACAAACUCAGCUACUCCGUCAUCCUGGUCCUGCUGUUUGCCUGUCUGAUGCUGGACCUGGUGUGGACUCCACAGGAGAUUCUUCAUCUGCUGUACUACCACUACACGUAUCAGAACCCCAGCCAGUACUUCAAGAUAUUUGUACACGGGAUGUACCUGUUGUUGUCCGUCAUUAUGGCUGUCACCAUUGUGUUUGUGUCUGCGGAGAAUAUCUUCCGACAGUGCAGUCACAUGGGGAAGAUGUUUCAGAAAGUUUGGUCUAUUACUGGAUGCAUUACAGCUGUAAUCAUUGGCCUGUGUUUGGCUGGCUCAUACCUGGUCGUGUCCAUACAGUAUGAAACCCAUGUGUCGGAGUAUUUUGUCGUCUUCAAUAGCCGUUCCUUUUGCAUGAAAGUGGUGAUUCUUGGAAUCUUUACGUUUCUUGUUCUAGCCAUCUUGUUGUGUGUAAUCUUCAGUGCAAUAAUACACAAAAAGCAUUCUGGAGGUUUCCAUGGCAACAGCAAUAGCGGAUGUAAACAUCAAGUUCCCGACUCUUCUGAUACGAGACCCAGAAGGCAACCCAUCUGAAGAUGAGUCGGAAGACACCCCAUCAGUCCAUGCAGCCUCCCCUCUGCCCCUCCUGGCCAUCAAUGCUGCUGGGGGACCAGCCAGAGAUGGACCUAUGCCCAUA